AUGGAGAAACAUAUUUAAUGCCAGGGUUGAGAGGGCUAUAUUCGGACGACGAUUCAAUGCCGAAAUAUGCGCGACAACGGGCAAUUAUAAUGGAGGAAUACUUGAAAUGAAAAUUAUGAUGUUCUGUAAUUCUUCAUAAUGACGUCCGGGUGAGGGUUUGUGUGCUAAUCAAAAUUGGACCUAAGCAGUAACAGGAAUCAUGGUGACUAAGAAAAUCCGUACGGAGUACAUGAAGAAAUUCAAAGAGCCGAAAUGGGAGACGUUUUCCAAGUGCUACGAGGACUCGGUGAAGUACAGGUUGACCAGGCGGGUGAUGGAGCACGCUCACAAACCUCUGUGGUUCUGGGAGGGGUGGGAUACCUCGACCGGGUCAGACUCCAGCGCCAGUGGGCGGUCCACCCCCAAGGCUAGGAACAAAGUCGCGCCUUUAGACAUCAAACUUCUGACACCACCAGUGAAGUCAGAAUCAAGGGAGAGCCCGGAACCGAAGCCUCCUCCUGUGAAUGGGGAACCAGAAUUGGAGGCCAAGGAGUUUACACUCUUGGAUGCACUACCACCCACAGAGUCUGUAAUAGAGAACGGGGGCCUAAACGAACCAGAUGAGGGGACAGUUAACGGGUCAGUAGUACAACAUGGUCCAGUGGCUGAAACAUCAACAGAUGAGGGACCAGCAGACAAGGCGUCAUCAGACGAGGAGCCGGUGAAGACUGAGCCUAAGCGUCGCCACCGCCAUCGUGUCCCUCGCUUAGAACCAUGUCAAAGGGACUAUUCCUGUGACGACAUCAAGCCUGCGCCCGUCAGGAAGCCCUCCAGAGCAAAGAGCCAGCCCCCAGCCAUCACCACAGAGAAGGAGAACAGACAACCUCCGCCCCGGCUCGACUGGGCAGAGAGACACGCGUCAUCUGCUAGGAGGUCUACAAAUCAGAGUCGCACGUCUGACGCAUGCGUCCAGACCAGACGGGAGUCAGAUAAACGCUGUUGGGACGUGGACCGCAGGAGGGCACGGUCCGCCGACCUGGAGAAGAUACGGCGGUCGGAGUUGGCCGUGGUAGAUGACCGUUGGAUGACCGAGUACAUGCGUUGCUUCUCUGCCGGGUUGAGGUAGAGCACAAGGAUCAUGGGUAUUCCUCCGCCACCGUCGACCUUUCUAUUUUUAACACCAUGUUUCCUUAUUGAGGAUUGGUCAACAGAACUAAAUAAUUGGAUUGGUUUAGACACCAAUUAGGGCCCUGAGGUUUUCCUGGCCACGUAACCUGACAAGGAAGAACUCGGGGCCCUAAUCAUAAGGUAUGGUUGAUUUGUUAAGUUGAUCGCUGAGUUGACGAUAUGCCACUUUUCUUCCACAAGGGAUGACACAAUCAUAGUAGAAUAUUGCAAGAUAUGUAGUUAUGCUUCUAGAAAUUAGACUGGUUUGUACAUGUUUAUGCUGCUGACUACAGAGUAUGAUUUAUACUGUAUUAUUAGACAUUCCAAGCAUGGUGAUGGUCUUUACACUUUUUGACAUUCUGUGUUGCUUAUGUCAUUUCAGGCUAUAAAAUCCAAAAGUUAGAUCAGGGGUAUUCAACCGGGAGUACUGCAGGGGGUCCGCAAUAAUAUAUACAAAAAGCUACAGUAGAAAAGAGGAGAAUAUUUUUCUUUUAACUUUAUUUCUCUAUUCCUAAUAUUGAGCUAGUUACACUCAUUAGAGCUAAUUACACUCAUUGGAGCUAAUUACACUCAUGGAGCUAAUUACACUCAUUGGAGCUAAUUACACUCAUUGGAGCUAAUUACACUCAUUGGAGCUAAUUACACUCAUUGGAGUAUCUGACAUACUGUAGGCAAAGCACCCGCUGGUAAGCUUUCUUGUCUUGGACACUCGUUUUUGUGAACACAUGGCCCCAAAACAUUUUUGAAGCUACCUUUCUAGCUAAUAGGCUAUGUUAGAAUUUACACACAUUUGUGGGGGGAAGCAAGUGUAUAAUGGGGGUACCUGGGGAAGAAUUGUUUUUUAUUUAACUAGGCAAGUAAGUUAAGAACAAAUUGUUAUUUACAAUGACGGCCUACCCAGAC